CCCACACUUUAGUUAAAGUUUUAAGUUUAAUUCAAGAAAACAUAUACACAUCUCAGAGAGAGAGAGAGAGAGAGAGGGAGGGAGGGAGAGGCCCAUCGGACCAUGAACAGCAAGAAGCUCAAGAUUCUGCUCUCUCUCUUUACACUCAACUCCCUUUCUCUCUACCUUUACUUCUCCUCCCACCCCGAUCACCACCAGUCGUCGCCCUCCAAGAGCUCUUCUUUGUCGGAAUAUUCCCCGCCGCACCACCCUCUCUCCGUCAAGCCAUGGCCCAUAUUACCCUCCUACCUUCCCUGGUCCCAGAACUCAGAAACGCCUUUCCGUUCUUGCGAAGCGUAUUUCGGGAACGGAUUCACUCGUCGGGUCGACCCUUUGAAGCCCAUUGCGGAAUCCCACCGGAAAAUCUCGCCCUCCGCCGGCGGCGGCGGGUGGUUCAGGUGUUUUUACAGCGAGACUUUGAGGAGUUCGAUUUGUGAAGGGGGGAGAAUUAGGAUGGUACCGGAGAGAAUUGCGAUGUCUAGAGGCGGAGAAAAGCUGGAGAGUGUGAUUGGGAGAGGAGAAGAUGAAGAACUGCCGAAUUUUGACGAUGGGGCUUUUGAGAUUGAGGUUGGUGGUGACAGAUCAAGAGUUGGGGAAAAGCUGGUGGAUGAGGAGUUCUUGGAUAAGUAUUUGGAAGACAGUAAUAUUGACAGACAUACUAUGCGUGGAUUGAUCGGUUCGAUUCGGACAGUUGAUGCCACUGAAUUUGUGUGCUCUGAGUGGAUUGAGGAGCCCACACUUUUAGUUACCCGGUUUGAAUAUGCAAACUUGUUUCACACGGUUACGGAUUGGUACAGUACAUAUGUGGCUUCCCGAGUCACUGGCUUGCCCAAUCGACCCCAUGUAGUUUUCGUAGAUGGCCACUGUCAGACUCUAUUGGAAGAAACAUGGACGGCAUUGUUUUCGAGCCUUACUUACGCUAAGAAUUUUAGUAGCCCUGUUUGUUUUCGCCAUGCUAUUCUGGUCCCAUUAGGAUAUGAAACUGCCCUAUUUAGGGGACUAUCUGAAUCUAUAGACUGCUAUGGAGCUUCUGCACAGGAAUUGUGGCAAAAACCUGAUACUAAAAAGACUGCUCGAUUGUCUGAGUUUGGCGAGAUGAUAAGAGCAGCCUUUGGGUUCCCAGUGGAUAGACACCAUAUCCCCAAGUCAGCCUCUGGUCAUAACAUUCUCUUUGUACGACGCGAGGAUUAUCUUGCUCAUCCCCGUCAUGGUGGUAGGGUACAAACAAGGCUUAUCAAUGAACAAGAAGUAUUCAAUUCUAUAAAAAGCUGGGCAUCAAAUCAUUCGGAUUGUAAAUUGAACGUUGUCAAUGGACUGUUUGCGCACAUGCCCAUGAAAGAGCAAGUUCGAGCCAUCCAAGAUGCAGCCGUCAUCAUUGGCGCUCAUGGAGCGGGUUUAACUCAUAUAGUUUCUGCAACUCCCAAGACGGUGAUAUUAGAGAUAAUUAGCAGUGAAUAUAGGCGGCCGCAUUUUGAGCUGAUUGCCCGGUGGAAAGGGUUGGAAUACCACUCUUAUAAGAACAGCGUUGCAAUUGAGCACAUCACAGCUGGAAUUGCGUAUAGUAGGAAAUUUAGGCCAAAAUGGAAUGGAAAAGCUCGACUUAUUUUUGUGUAA